AAGAAGCCACCUGGACGGUUGGUUUAGUCAUGGGAUGGGGCGCAACAUUCGAAGGGGGAAAAGAAUCCAUCAGUCUUCGCUACGGAGCGGUUGUACCAAUAUCGAUGGGCGUUCCGCCUCAAUGUGGAAAUUUUACAAGUGCAGAAUUCAAUAUGACGACCACGAUAUGCGCAGGGGGCACCAUUGCAUCCGCAUAUCCGGGUGGUUCUCCUUGCCAGUACGACGAAGGUUCUCCACUCGUUCAAGAUUUCGUUGAUCCUGAUACGUCACAGAUGAUUCCCACGGCUGUUGGUAUCUUCUCCAAGACUGCAAUCUGCGGGUAUGGAAUCCCAGAAGCUGCCGGUAUUUACACCCGUUUGUCCGAAUUUAGCUCUUGGCUGCUGGACACGGCAGGUGAACAGCCAGUCCGCCGAGCUUUUAAUACACGUUAAAAAACAGAUGCAGUCGCCAUUAAUACAUAAU